AUGACUGACAGUUCCCAGCGCAAGAUCACAACCGGAAACGGUAGUUUUAUCACCGUACAAACGAUGACUGCAGAUGCAGUUCGUGGCCUUCUUCGCAAUCGGCUUCGGGAAGACGGCAAGAUUACCAGCGUCCCACAAAUGGUGGCUCAAAGACUUCGCCUCAGCUCUGUCAAUGAAGCAUUUGUUCACUCUUGUCGAGAUGCCUGUGUUGUCGAGUGCGCCAAGAAACUUGACGAAUUAGAGACGCUGGCAAGUAAAGCCGAUCUAAAAAAAGGCAUGGAUAGACAACGAGACGAGAAGAUGUAUCCUGCCUUGAACAAGCUAUUCGAGUUCAUAGCCACCUAUCGUCACGACUCGCAAGAUAGCUCUAGCAGAGGGACGUUUCGUUGCUCGGCAAAGGCAGGCAUCAAGGGCGAAGAGCAUACCGCAGGCUUUCCUCUAACUUACCCCGAUGGCGCGGCUCUUACAAGGGGCUGCACUCCUGACUCAUUCUACUGGCGCGACGUACGCGCGUUUGUGGAGUGUAAAGCGAGCACACUUCAAGGGGAACCUAGCAGAACAACGACGGUGCCUGAAACAGUGGUCCAAGGCGCCGAUUAUGCGCGUCUUCAUUUGUCUGCCGAUCCUUUCCGCGUGUUCUCGGUGGGACUGCUGAUCUACGGCUUUCGCUUCAUGGUUGCCAUAUUCGAUCAAGACGGCGUCUGCCUUUCAGAUCCCUACCACCUUCGCAAUGACCUGGAUGUCUUCAUUCGAGUUGUAUACCAACUAGGUCAUGGCCUAUCAGAUGUCGAGCUGGGUCGUGAUCCGACCGUUGAACAAUUGCAUUUGCCAGAGGACUCCCAGCUUCGCAAGACCCUCGACGAGCUGUCGGAGAAACAAGGCAUGCCAACCGCUUCAAAAAAAUUCCCGUCGUACAAGAUUACACUCAAGACUAAUGAUACUUACUUGAUGGACGGUGCUACGAAACUUCAGGAGACUGACGCAACCACAUGGGUGACGAUAGGCCCACCGAUAUGGAGUUCACUAUCGUACUUGGGACGAGGUACCACAGUGUGGCGAGUGGUAGCCAUGGAUGGCAACGAUAUUCCUCGUCCAUGGGAGGUCCUCAUCCUCAAGAAUGCGUGGCGACGCAGUCACCGUGACUCCGAAUCCAACAUCUAUGUGACUUUGGGGCGUGCGAUGGCAGCUGAUCCGCUUCGUACCCAUCGUAAAGGAAUUGCUGAGUUCAGGGUUGGAGCGGAUGUCACCUUUCCAGGACGCGGUGAAGCUAUCAGCGUCAACAACCUACGCUACCUCUUCCUAGGCGGUUCAAUCAUCCCUCCGCCUGCGCCGCAGACACCUAUUCUACACCGACUCGUACUUGCGACGCAGGGUCGAGCUUUAUGGUAUUGCGAGAACCUGAAGGAACUUCUUCGGGGUAUGGGAGCGGCACUACAAGGCCACAAAUUCUUGGUUUCGAAGGGCAUUCUACAUCGCGAUAUCAGCGCGGGUAACAUUAUGCUAUCGUCGUUGGACAACCCACCCAAUGGAAUGGAAGGGUUUUUGAUGGACCUAGAGUACGCCAGGCUCAGUACAAUUACGGAAAUCCACUCGAUGAAGAUUGCGCCAGACGCCACCACAAGCGCGACACACACUGUUUUCAAAGACGCAAAGCGUGGUGCUGAAAUGACUGGCACCCUUCAGUUUAUGGCGGCUGAACUCUUAGAGACGUUAGGGAAGGGGAAAGUAGUUCGUCAUGAAGUCCACCACGACCUGGAAUCAUUUGUAUGGGUCCUGGCAUACGCCGUCAGCCGACACCUACAACGUCAGUCGGGCCUCACUGAAGCAGUGAAGGCAGAAUUAAGGGAGCACUUUGUGCGAUCCUAUGGGCGUUUCCUUUUCACGGACAUAAGCGAUGCUCGUCUCAGCCUCCGACCACUUAGGCCGCCGCCUGUCUACGAAGAGAUGCUGCCUCAAGGAAUGAACGACUUAUAUGUAGGUCUUCAGACCGCACUGAUCGCACAGUUCGCCUAUAUCUAUGGACGGGAGCCCAAGCCUUUGACGCAUGACAUGCUCCUCGAGCUUUUCGAUACCGCAUAUCACUCUUUCUAA